AUGGGGCCGAGGGCCUCUGGUGUGGCUGUCUCUGAUGGUGUCAUCAAGGUGUUCAAUGACAUGAAAGUUCGCAAGUCUUCAACGCCAGAAGAAGUGAAGAAACGCAAGAAGGCAGUGCUUUUUUGCCUGAGUGAGGACAAGAAGAACAUCAUCCUGGAGGAGGGCAAGGAGAUCCUGGUAGGAGACGUGGGGCAGACUGUGGACGACCCCUACACCACUUUUGUCAAGAUGCUGCCAGACAAGGACUGCCGCUAUGCUCUCUAUGAUGCAACCUACGAGACCAAGGAGAGCAAGAAGGAGGACCUGGUGUUCAUCUUCUGGGCCCCUGAGAAUGCACCCCUUAAGAGCAAAAUGAUCUACGCCAGCUCCAAGGACGCCAUCAAGAAGAAGCUGACGGGAAUCAAGCAUGAAUUACAAGCUAACUGCUACGAGGAGCUUAGCCCCCAGUAA